GUCGGAGGUGGGCGGGCGCAAAGAAGCGCCACUGUCCGAGCUCGAGGGGGUAAAAUCCUAAAUAUGCGCCGAUUUACAUGAGUUUGUACGAUUUAAUUCAUCCGAAUAUACUGGAUGGUUGUAUAAAACAGCGUGUUAAUAUGAUAAUACAGCGAGGAUAUGGUCUGUGUUGAUUAUUAUAGGCGGGUUAUGGGGUGUUUUAGCGCUAAAUGCGAUGAAUUCGUCCGCUCGAGCACCGCUAAGCUAAAGUGGCUAACGGCAGUUUGUCUCGGCUCGCGGGCGAUUUAACGAUUCUGGAUUAAAUCAUCAGAUUAUUCUUAUUAAUGUUGAGUAUAAUGUUGUUUUACCGGUCUUAGUGGCCGGUGCGGGUCUUUAUUUAAUGUGUAGCUGAUGUUAAAGUCCGGUUAACACCUCCAGUGGGUUAACGCUAGCCUAGGUUUCUGUAUCAUUUCGUCCUUUUGUUUUAUUAGUCUGUGUUUAGUCUCUGUUUUUGAUGGCGCCUCAAAAAUACUCGGCUCAGAUUAUGAGCGCUGCUUCACACAGUAAAGCUAAUGGGUCCAUGUACCCUUCAUCAUCUUCUUCAUCAUCCUCUUCAUCAUCCUCCUCCGCUGUGAACGCUGUAAAAAAGCCCAAGAUGGAGCAGAUUCAAGCGGACCAUGAGCUGUUCCUACAGGCCUUUGAGAAGCCUACACAGAUAUAUAGAUUUCUGCGGACAAGGAACCUAAUAACUCCGAUUCUGCUACACAGAUCCCUGACCUUCAUGACACACAGAAACUCUCGAAUGAAUGCCAACCGGAAAGCGUUUAAAGUGGAUGACAUGCUCGCCAAAGUAGAGCGAAUGGGAGAACAAGAGACUCACAGCUUCUCAUCCCACUUACAGCUGACCUUUACUGGAUUCUUUCACAAGAAUGAUAAGCCAUGUCAAAACUCAGAAAAUGAACAAAACUCAGUUUCUCUUGAGGUGCUACUUGUAAAAGUCUGCCAUAAGAAGCGUAAGGAUGUCAGUUGCCCCAUAAAGCAAGUGCCUACUGGGAAAAAGCAGGUGCCUUUGAACCCAGAUCUCAGCCAAACCAAGCCUGGUGCCUUCCCCUCCCUACUGGUGUCCAGCAGUGAGUUUGAACCUAGUAACAGCCACAUUGUAAAGUCCUACUCACUUCUGUUUCGAGUGUCACGCCCAGGGAAGAGAGACUCCAACGGCUUCAUUAAUGGAGAGACUGACGAAAACAUCGACGUGAAAGAAGAGCCCCCAAGCCGAAAGAAGAGAAGCACAUCUCACAGAGACGAUGGGGAUGCCACAGAAACAUUUGUCGCACAGAUGACUGUCUUUGAUAAGAACAGGCGGCUGCAGCUGCUGGAUGGAGAGUAUGAGGUGUCUAUGCAGCAGAUAGAGGACUCUCCAGUUAGCAAGAAAAGAGCUACAUGGGAAACCAUUCUGGAUGGAAAGAGACUGCCGCCAUUUGAAACCUUCUCUCAGGGACCCACUCUACAGUUCACUUUACGUUGGACUGGUGACCCCAAUGACCCUUCUACAGCACCUGUGGCCAAGCCACUGUCUGCACGCAACUCUGACACCAGCGCCCCAGAGAGCCGUAUACUCACCCUAAGAUCCGCCCCUUUGGCUGCUAAAGAGUCUAUGAGCACCAGCACCGGCAGCAGUGGGGGUGUGCAGACCAGGAGAGAGCAGUCUAUCUGCGAGCCCAGACAGAAACUUCGGAUCUUUUACCAGUUCCUGUAUAACAAUAACACACGGCAGCAGACGGAGGCUCGGGACGACCUGCAUUGUCCAUGGUGUACGCUAAACUGCCGAAAGCUCUACAGCCUCCUCAAACACCUCAAGCUAUCCCACAGCCGCUUUAUAUUCAAUUAUGUGCCUCAUCCUAAAGGGGCCAGGAUAGAUGUGUCCAUAAACGAAUGUUAUGAUGGGUCCUAUGUUGGGAAUCCACAAGAUAUACACAGCCAACCCGGCUUCGCCUUUAGUCGCAACGGUCCAGUCAAGAGAACAGCUGUCACUCACAUUCUAGUCUGCAGGCCCAAGCGUACCAAACCAAGCCUGUCAGAGUUUCUGGAGUCGGAGGACGGGGAACCAGAGCAGCAGAGGACCUAUGUGAGUGGCCACAACCGUCUGUACUUCCACAGUGACAGCUGCAUGCCCCUCCGGCCACAGGAGAUGGAGAUGGACAGUGAGGAUGAAAGGGACCCGGAGUGGCUCAGAGAAAAGACCACCACGCAAAUUGAGGAGUUCACUGAUGUGAAUGAGGGAGAGAAAGAAGUCAUGAAGCUAUGGAAUCUUCAUGUCAUGAAAAAUGGGUUUAUAGCUGAUAACCAGAUGAACCAGGCCAUCAUGCUGUUUGUGGAGAACUGCGGCCCACACAUCGCCCGCAGGAACCUGUGUCGCAACUUCCUGCUGCACUUGGUCAGCAUGCAUGACUUCAACUUGGUCACCACAGCGACUAUUGAUCGGGCAAUGACACGUCUGCGAGAGAUCCAGUCCGAGCUCCCGGAUGUGGAGGAAGGGCACGAGGGUGCCGAUGUUGCCUGCAAUGGCCAUGCUGUCUUAUCAGGGUUCACUCUUCAUGGCAAACGCACCAAGAGCGCCGUCUCAGACUGACCACUUGCCUGACCCAAGAGAUUGGACUGCCCUCGUUCCUGCUAAACUCAAGAGCUCUGAAAUCAACUCUGUGGUGCUUCACUGCUGGAUGUCUGGAAGUCACGAAAAACUGCUGUGCUUUUGGAGUUCAUCUAGACUCUGCUGUGCUUUUAAAGUUCACCAAACCUCUGCAAUGCUUCUUAAGUUCCCCAAAACGCUGCUGUGUGUCUGGAGUUCACCAAAACUCUUCUGUGCAUUUAGAUUUCACCAAAACUCAGCUGUGCUACUAGAAUAAAUUCAUAUUUUGUUAUUAUAAACUACGAACUGUUGUUGUACGAGGGAUUACAUUUCUUAUGUGAUUAUAGUCUUAAGAGACUAGCCAUCCUGAUAUAACUUUAAACUUAAAUUAAAUUUAAAAAAUGUAACAAAAAUUUGCUUAAAUCAAUUGUAGAAGUGAGGCCAGUAUCAGUAAGACCUUUUCCAAAAUACGGUAAAUAUGACCGCAAGUAUCGGUUUGAAAUAUUGGCUGGAGCGGGCAGAUGCCGAUGAUUCUAAAAUAUCAAUUAUCGGCCAAUACUGAUUGAAUUUUGAUAAAAUUGAGCAUUCCUAGAAUGCACAGAAAUGUUUGUGUUUUUUAUAAUUGCAGCAAACUUUUCUAGGUAUUCUAUGAUUCACUGAGAUGGUCUUCGUGUUCUAGAAUCUGCAGAAAACAUUUUGUCGUCCUAAAAUGCACAGAUAUGUACUUGGUGGGAUGUAAUGCAGAGAGAAUCUAUCUUUCUUGGUGUCUUGGUGUUCUACAUUAUAUAAAAACUGCUUAGUGUGUCUGAAAUGUCAGUGUCUGGAAUGCACACAAAAAAGUAUUGGUUUUCCUAAAUGCACAGAAACGGUCUUGGUGCUGUAGAAGGAACAUAAACCAUCCUGGUGCUCUAAAAUGCAUAUAAACCAUCUCAGUGUUCUAGAAUCCACAGAAACUGCCUGGUGUUCUAGAUUUCAUAGAAACUGCCCUGGUGUCUGACUGUACAGAAGGCUGGAGUCAGAGUCGAGUUGAUUUUAGAGCAGACUUGGUUUGUGUGGGAAUGUGUGGGGCUGCAUUUUGGACUCAGGCAGACACUUUGUUUUAAGGACUUGUUUUUUACACAAUGAACCAUUGUGGUUUAUCUUGGGGCUUCUUGUCUUUUCACGUCAGCAGCCGUUCUACCCUGCCCUCACAAUCACGGCUAAAACACAUUUGUCUGCAAGUAGUUCCUUGAGUGUUUUUUUAUUUUAUUUUAUUUUUUUAUUGUGUGAAUACCUGUAGAAUGGGAAUACUGUUAGUCUUGAUUAUUUGUAUGCAUUUAAUCAUUUCUAUCACAGUUGGUCUUUUCUUUCACUGGUCAUUUAACUCGUUAGCGCUUGUUUUGGUAGCUAACGGCUCCGGAUGGUUAAAAAGUGGACAGUGGUUGAUUUUGUGCUGCAGAUUUUAUUAGACAGUGGUCCUGUAUGUAUUUUUAUUGGCCCGUAAUGUUUUUUUAAUCAGCAGUUUGUGUCGAAUGCAGUUUUAUGGAGAACUGCAGUCGAUGGACAAUAACUGACCUGUCAAUGCUUCCAUAUUCCUAAAUGUGGAGUGUUAAUGACUUUCCUUUUCGGCACCUUUCCUAUGAUGUUCUGAGCAUUAUUAACGAAUCAGCAAUAUUUGACACAUGUUCAGUAAGAGCUGUUUCUUCAAGUUUGUGAUUUUUGUCCCCUCUACUGUAUUGAAUAUGGGGUAAAGGCGCAGUUCUUUUAAAUAUGUUUUUGAAGCAACAGUGGAUUGCUUUUGAAAAUGAAUGAAUUAAUGAAUGAAUGAAUGGAUGGAUGAACAAAAUAGGGAUCAUUGAAAACCCCCUCCCGUGGAUUUCAUCAAACGAACCCAAGGAUAGAAUACUUUUCACAAACUGGAAAUCUCAAGACUUUGAACCAGUAUAUAAAAGACUAUGGUAAACAUGUCAUAUGAAAUGCCAAAGUAUACGACAACCCCCCCGUCCCUCUUAUCUUUUAGUAUACAGUGUAUAUUUUGAUUUGUUCACUUUGUAACACUGUAUAGGUUUCCCUGUAACAUGAAAAUAUAUGGCAAAUUAAAAUCUUGACUAAUUUAGUGACAAUAA